CAUGGUGAGGAACCAGGGGAAAAGGGCGGAGGAAUACGUGCACGUGAGAAUGGGUAGGUACAUACAUGGAGAGAGAGAGAGAGAGAGAGAGAGAGAGAGAGAGAGAGAGAGAGAGAGGUGCUUGCUAUUGCUGGGUAGUUGGUACUGUGAAUCUGUUAGCAAUGUUUUGAUAGUUUCCUGAUUGUAUUUCACGUUGCGAACAAUGAGGGCACGUCUUCUCUCAGAGUAGUAUUCCAUCUAAUCGACGUUGAUCACAACGUUCCCUGUCUAUAGUCUUCUUUCCGCUGAGGCUGUAGGAGGGAGGAGAUGGAUAUCCAUUCCCAUCUUGUUCUUACCUUGUCGCUUAGAUUGUGGAUGCUACAGCCCAAAUGCUUGACUUAGUCUCUUGAUUCGGAGAUGUCGUCUAUAUGCCGUUUUAUGUAAUGUGCCAGGUGAUGAGCAGGGGAUGGUAGGAAGGUGCAGACUUUUCGAGAGUGCUUGUCGUAAUUCAAUAUUCGGGCAGUUCAGGAUCAUGAGCACGUUUUCUUGAUGAUCUGCAGGACACGUGGGAGGGACACUCAGUAUGCGCUCAAUGCGUUCAGCAUGCAUGUCAUCGCUGGUGGCAUCCAUUAUGCAACAGGAGGGAGGAGAUAUGUGGGAGUUACGCAACAGGAGGGAGAAGAUACGUGGCAUCUUCAGCUCAUGGUCACGGGUAGCUUUUCCUGAAAAACUGUGGGACAUGUGGCGUGGAUCUCUGGGAUGUGCUUAAUGCGCUCAGCAUGUAUGUCACGGCUAUUGCUUUCCAUCAUGCGUGGGGGGAGGGAGGGAUAUGUGCUACCUGNAUUGCUUUCCAUCAUGCAUGGGGGGAGGGAUAUGUGCUACCUGGUGGAUCUCUGGGAUGUGCUUGAUGCGCUCAGCAUGUAUGUCACGGCUAUUGUUUCCAAUCAUGCACGGCGGGGGAGGGAUAUGUGGUACCUGGGGUCUCUUGCCCGUGGCAGCAUGCAUGCUAUUAUGACGCGAUCACUUGGCUUUUCCUUUCGCUAAAUCAGUUUAAAUCCAUACUUGGUAGUAAUGACCCCCGUUUGCUGUUUUUCUCAUCCAUCCUACAGAUUCCUACUGUAGUUGAACAUGCUGGUGUCUCUUGCCCUCCUCUGCAUACAUGCCAUUUGGUAGGAUCAACUCCUUGCCAUUUUUCUGAACCAGUUCCAUGUCCUCACUGAUCAUCAUUCCCCCCUUUUGUAGUCUGUCCUGUUGCAUCCAUCCAUCCUACCUUGGUCCUUGCAUAUCCUUUGUGGGCCGUCAGUGUAGUGGGAUAAGCUAUCUUCCUCGUGCAGACUCUGGAGCAUUCCUCGCUCUGGUGUACACUCGCCGUGCAUACGGUUGGGAUUGAUCUCAAGGGGGUAGCUAAGGGGAGUGGGGACAUGGGGGGAGGGCGAAAGGAGGUGGGGCCACGCUUGGAGAGUGUGCGCUUGGAUAGACAGAGAGAGGGGGCACGUCUGCAAGUCUUGCGUUGGUGAAUGCUUGCCCUAAAUCGACUCCAAUAACUCGGUUCUGGUGUUGUCGAGGGCGAAGUCGCGAUCACCCAAAUCGGAGGCAAGGCACAAGGCAUCAUCGUGAACAUCACACAUCAUUUCAUCGUGUUCAUCACAUCAUUGUGUACAUCACGCUCGCACACGCUCACCUCAUCCGUGAGAUUAGCGCGAAAUGCGGAAUCAGCGAAGACGACAAAGGCACGUGUGCCCAACGGUGCUCGGCAAGGCCGCGGUGGAAAGGGAAAUAAGGUUACGCUGAGUGAAGAGGGCAGCAGCGCAGGCUGAGUUACAGCUGCCAAAUGAUGUCGUGCGAGCGCGCGGAAGCGCGCGCACGCGAGCGAGCAGCAGAGGCUGGUGGGGCGUGUGGAAGAGGAGGAGCUGGAGACUCCGGUGGCGAGAGAGAGGUGGCGGGAAGAAGCAGAAGUGGACGGAAAAGUGAAGAUCUACUUCACGUAGGGGCAUCUGUUCCAUGCUUUCGGCUGUAAUAUGCCUUGCGCCGAAGGUUGAUGUCGGAGAGUGCUCGAUUGGAAGCAAAGGAGAACGUGCUGAUUCGAAAAGAGCCACCUUCACGUGAGCGCGAUGGUGUGGGUGGGAGUUAACACAAAUGAACAUCGCGCAUGAUUGAUCGACUGACAAACCGUCAGUGGACGCUGUCGAGGAGCGGCGCGGGGAGGACAAGAGUUGCAAUCAGGGUUCAAGAAAGAGAACGAUAGCGACAACAUAGCGAUAACGAAACGAUCUCAUAGCCGCGCCAUAUCUUGGGGUUCAGUCGGUUUUUCGCUGCUGUUACGUUGACGCGAGAGGAGGUAAGAUUUAGCUGGGUGGGGGUAUUUGAUUGCUUGAUUGAUGGUUUUUUUGAUUGAUUGUUCAGGGAAAGGGCUGCCGCAUUCUAUCCGUAUUCGUCCGCUUCCCCAUCAGUCAACCACAAAUCUAUUGAUCUACUACUCCAUCACACCGUACUCCAUCCAUCUCUUGAUCCUUCGCUCCCUCGUGCACCACUUUCCUCCUUGCCUCUCUCUCCACACCUCCAUCUCUCCACCCAGAUAUUCAUCUCUAGUCCAUCGAUCGCUCCUGGAUUCGUUCGCUCAUCCAUUGUACAAUUUUGUUCUUCCUCUCUCUCCCUCAAAUACGCAGCGGCUUUAUUGUUGAUAUCUGCGUGGCAUAGGGUGGCGUGACGAGGCGGACGUGGGCUAGACUUCGUCUAUUUGGCAUGGUGUAGGUGUGGCCGUGGGCGGCACGGGGUCGC